AUAAUCCCUUUCGAAUAUGAAGAGACUAUCUAUCUUCACCGUUCUUAUGGUUUUCUUUUUUAAAGCUCAACGCUUUAGACUCCUCCUCCUUUGUUUACUGUAGCCGUACCGCCUCGAGGGCUCCAGGGUUGCAAAAGGAAACAGCGACAGUUCCGACGUACCUCUUGUGCCGGAUAGACGUUCGUUAAUGUUACGCUUUGUCGGAGUGAAUAGAUAUACACGUUUUAAAUGAUACACACAUGUGAUAAUGGAUACAGUACUUGCUCGAUAAAGGUUGUGUGUAUGAUCAACAUCGCGCGAAAAUAUUUUUUAACAAUAAUUGACGAAAUACCACAAAAAAUCUUCGGAAAAAUUCUUGUAUCUAUCUAUCGCGGCAUUAUUACUCGUAUUAUAAAUAUCAUUUUAUAUAUAUAUAUAUAUAUAUAAAAUUAUUCUCGGAGGAAUAACUAUAAGCUCAUUAAUGAUUAAAGAUUUGUGUGUAAUAACGUGUAAUAAAUUAAAACCGUCUGAUAUACGUAAGAUCUCGAAAGCAUCGAUAAAUCAAUCAGCAUGUGACUUUCAUAGUUUGCGUAUUUGCGAUUUGCUUUAUUAGAAUCUGAAUUAUUUAUUUCCUUUCCGACACGAGAGUGCCCUUGCCAAAGUAAACAUCUUUCAAGGCUUAUGACACAAUCACGCUGUUAUCCCGAUAUUCAAUUCCACUGAUGUUACUACUGCAAGCGGCGGAAUAAUAUAAGGCGUGUGUGUGUGAGACAACAAUUUCGCCUUUCUCAGCUGUAUCUAAUCGACUGACGACGGUCGUCGGCCUCAAUCACUGAUUGAACUUCGACGAUCAUUCGCUACUUAUACCGGAAACAGGUUUGAGCAAAAAGAUUCAGCGAUGGUACACCGAUGUUAAUCGAAUGAGACAUGUUAGCGAGCUGACAAAUAAAACUUUCUAAGCGUCGGUCGAUGCGCAGCAUCACAUCCGCAGGAUCCGUGACGCCUUUGACGUCUCGAGAAGUAACGGCUGCGCGUUAUCGAGUACCUGCCACAAGAAUCGCAUCUUACAAAUGUGCUUUCGAAGCGAUCAUGGAUCGCCAGGAGAUCAUAGUUCAGAAAUCAUCGGAAUAUGAUGAUAAUGUCGAAAAGAUAAUGACAGAAUUAUUUGAUUUACCGAAUCCGGGCAUCGUCGCUUCUAUGAGUCCCUCAGACAAGAUUGCGAACAGAAAGAUGCAAUUAUCUUCGCAAGAUAAGGAUCUACUGCCGCGCGGUAAUCUUCAAGAGACUGUCCCGUUUCAGGAGGAAAGAUGGCAAAAUAAACAUCAAAACGAUGAUGAAAAAAAAUCAUGGUCGCGAAGCUCGGAGCAUAAUUCUCAGAAAACCAAAGAACAAAUUGCAGACGACAGCGUAAAAUUAAACACGAGCUCUUCUGUUGAAACUGCAUUAUCAGGUAUAACAGACGCGAAUAAUACUUAUCAAACUAAAAUCCAGGGCUGUAGCUUGCCUGCGAAAAAAUCGUCGGACAACGCUAUACGAAACUCUGUCCAAGAAACGGAAGAAAAGAACUCUCAUAUUAAUAACAAUAUUAAUUUAACGAAUGACAGAGAUAUUUCUGCCGAAAGAUCGAGCACCAAAGUAAAACUAGAUUCUACAACGUCGAAAGAUAAAUUGCUAAACAAAUCUGCACAUAAUUCCAUCCGCAAAACUGAAAAUAAAAAUUUUCAUUCUAAAAGUAAAACUAUUUCCCCGAAAAAUAGAUGCAUCAAUAAGAAACAUUCGUCGGGAAAUAAAUUAUUCAAAACAAGUGCGCAGAUUCGAUUGAAGAAGCAUCAUUCUAAAAGUAGCAUUGACUCCUUCAAAAAUGAUACGAUUUUUGAAAAAGAUCGCAAACAAGAGAAAAAGGAGCAAAAAGGAGAAAUAGAAAUAAAUCAAGAAUCCUCUUCAUCAAAAAUUAAACUGUUAGAUUCGCAAGUACAAGAAGGCAGCAAUGAAUCUAAAAAUAAUGAUAAUUUAUGUGAACGUAAUGUCAAUGCAUCACGUGAUACAAUAGUUUUAAAUUUAAAAUCUUGUUUAGAAAUAGAAACUAAUCUUAUCGCGAAUGAGAAUGAAAAUGCAUCUAUUUCAAAUGUACAAACUUCUCGUAUCGAUUCUGAAUUGUUACCCGAGCAAACACAUGCGUCUGCAACUAAAAUAUUUGUAAAAACCGAUACACAAAAUGGAAAUAUAAAGACAAAGCUUACAGAUUGGCACAGAGAUAGUCUACCUGUCGAAACAGAUUCUAAAACAGCAGUUAAAAAAAGAGUACAUUCUGAAUCUUCGAAUGAAAGUGCAUCGACGAAAAAAAUGCAAAAAGAGAAAGAGGCAUCUCUUGAUGGGUCACUCGAUGAAAAUUUGAUGAGUGAUACCGAGAUAUUCGAUCGUAAAGUGUUUUCCGAGGAUAAACGAAUCCAUAAUAAUAAUAAUGAGAAUGAAAAGCAAAUAUAUUGGGAGAGGAUUACAGAAUAUAUGACAAAGAAAAGAGAAACGUAUAGAUAUCUAAGACAAAAAAGAAAAUUAAAAAGAAAAAGGCAGGAUAAGAUUAAAAGGAUACGAAAAAAAUUUCGCUACUGUUUCCAAGAUUGUCUUGGUUCUAGCAAAAGCGAGAGUGACGAGGAUCGCAAGAUUAUAUCGGAAAGUAUAGAGAAAAGAAAUCUGCAAUUUGUCUCAAAUAAUUCCGAAAUAUAUAACACAUCUAACGAUAUUACAACAGAAGAAGAGAUGGAAGACAUUUAUGAAAGAGAUGAAAUAUUGAUACAUAAACGUUAUGUGUCGGUUAAUAAUUUGCAAGAAGAUACACAGAGCGUAAUCUCGAAAGUAGAAUCCAUCAAUUCCAGCGAUUCCACCAUAUGCAUCCAAAACGACACAUUGCACGAUUUUACAACGGACGAAGAGACGGAUGAAAAUACAGAUUCUAACAAAGAUAAAACAUCGACAUGUAAACGUCAUAUGUCAGAUGAUACUUCGCAGAAGGAUAUAGAGAGCGAAAUCCCGGUGAAAAUACAGCGCGUAGAGGAUUCUGUGUUAAUUGCCGAUACAGAAACCGUUGUUAGCAAAAAUGACACAGGACGUAGCGAAGAUGCGGUUAAUGUGGAAUCGAAAGAAGUAAAUAUGCAGAACACGCAAGAAAAUCAAAAAAAUAACGAAAAUAUUAAUAUCGAAGAUGCCGUUUAUGUGGAGUCGAAAGAAAUAAAUAUGCAGAACAUGCAAGAAAAUCCAAAAAAUAACGAAAAUAUUAAUAUCGAAGAUGCCGUUUAUGUGGAAAAGAAAGAAGUAAAUAUGCAGAACACGCAAGAAAAUCAAGAGAACGUCGAAAAUGUUAAUUUAACCGACGAGGAUAUAAAAAUAUCGAAAGAUAUAAGACCAAACUUGAAAUUCUCAACCAUGUCCGCGCAAGAGUUAAUAUCCAAUAUUGAAAAGAAAGAUGGCUGUGAUGUAACGCAAACUGUCGAAAAUGUAUCAUUAACGAAUAACGAAGAUAUUGCGACAAAUAAAACAACUGUGAUAACCGAUCAUGCUUCAUUAAUGUCACCAAAAUUGGAGGAAGAUUCUUCGAAUAAGAAAGGUGUUGUUAACGAAGCCCUCUCCUCGCCAACAACAUACGCGUCUUCAAAAAGAUCAGAUACAAACACCAGUAAUGAUAAUUCAUCAACAGACGAUGAUAUUAUUAGCGAUAUUGAAGUAGAAAUAAAAAUAAAACCCAAGUCGAAAUCUCGAGUAUCAAAAAAAUUUUCGCUGAAAGCACCUCUAUCUGUAGUGAAUACGUGCAUCUGCAAGAACUUGAAUGCAUUAAAAAGCAAACCAGAUAUUCUUGGCGAACUCUUUCAGAUGAGUUUUAAAACAUCUUCCGAAAACUCUAAGCACGGGAACACAAUCAAUAGCGAAAUAAACGAAGCGAAAAAUACGUCGGAAAAAUCGUCGGAUAUUAAUCUAGGUAUUACCGCUGAAACAGCAUCACAUAUUCAGGAAGUUAUAUGCAAUUCUAGUCAUACUACCAAAGAUAAUGCAAAUCAUUCUUCAAAACAACAGCAAGAACGAGGUUCUCAAAAUGACACAAUUUUUGAUAGAGAUAAAAAUGCGACGCAACAUCAUCAAGAAGAAAAGAAUAAACACGUACAAUCUGCCGAACAGGAAAAGAUGCAGAUGACAAGUGAAAAUGGUUCUGAAUCAGCCAAAUCUGCGUCUGAUUUGGAAAAACAAUUACCAAAGUCUUCCUCGAAUGACAAAGAAAAGAUAGCAGACGAGCAACAAAAAAAUCCUCAAGAUGAUAUAAUUUUGAUCGAGAGUGGAUAUGCGACGGAGGGUGAUCAGGGAGAAAAGGAUGAACGCGUACAGUCCGUCGAAGGGAAAGGAACGCCACCUGAAAACAGUGUUGAAUCAGCUAAAUCUGCACGCGACAUGCUUGAUUUGACAGAACAAUUACCAAAGACUUCCUCGGAAACUAUGGAUUCAAAGCGCAACACAGUAAGGGUUCGAACGAGCGCAGAGCUUGGAUCCCCGUGGAGUCCUAUGAAUUUAUCUAUGGAUUCUGAUGCAUCGAUUAUAUCAGACAAUACACAUUCAGUGCCUUCAGCAUCAUCGACAUGCGGACCACCGCCAUCGUAUAAUUCCGCUACCAAAUCUGCGUAUCAUUCACCCAUGGCGAAUCUACUGGAUGUAUCGGCUGAUAAUAUUUCUUCGAACUUUAUCAUGAAGUUGGUGCCAAGCGCAAUAACAAAUGUCUGCUAUAACUUUGCAUCGUGUCGCAAGAUUUUUCGAGAACAAAUAUUCAACGAAGAAAAGAUGUAUAGAAUGAGGAUCAAUCUACUUCAAAUAUGUCAAAAUAUAGAUACCUUGAAGAUAUUGUUGUGCACGACAAAUGAAGAGUAUGUUAUAAAUUACAUCAAUCAACAAAAGAUGCUAGUUUUUCCGAUAUCAGUUAGAGAAUUUAAGCAAUAUUUGUUUUUAUUUGAACGCUAUGUAUCGGUGGCGUGUGCCGCACCGUUUCGCGAUAAGAUAUGUUCAAACAUGCCGCAACUUUCGAACAUUAACAAUUCAGUUCCGAGUGCAUCGGUACCGAAUGUUCAGGCACAAUCACCAUAUUUGGGAAAUGCUCCAGGCAUGCCGUUGCCAGGCAUGCAGCAUGUCAGAGCGCAAUCCUCAACAAUGCCACCCCCGGGACCGAAUAUCAAUCGAUCACAGUCGUCGAGGAGUACGGACAAUUCUUCGCGUUUAAGGCAAUCUGCACCGAAUAUUCGCCCGUGUAAAGUUUCAUCUACAAGUAUACCAGUGCCAAAUUCCAUUCCGAAUCCAACGAUUAAUCCACAACAGCCUGUAGGAAACGCGAGUUAUUUACAAGGCCAGCGUAUGCCAAAUGUGUCGAGUGUCAAUAAUCAACAGUUUUUCGUAAAUCCGGGUAACACUCUAUAUACAACGGCGUCGGCCGCAUCUGCAUCGAAUAUUAAUAUGUGCAUAUAUCCGCCCACAAAUCAAGGGAAUACAAACGUCUCUUUUACAACUGGACAGAAGUAUUCGCAUAUCGAAACGAGAACUACCAAUAGUGCGACCGCAGCAUCUGCGAUUAAUAUGCAACAACAAAACCAAACUCCGUACUCCCAGAUGCCGUUUUACGGAAACUCAGGAGCAUCGUAUUUUUCGCCGUCCACGACAAACCAAAAUAUUAAUGGAAUGAAUCAGUUUAUGCAUAAUAUCACUCAGUCCAAAGUUUGUACAACUGUUAACGCUCCGGGAAAUGUGACGGGAAACAUUAGACCUGGGAAUCCGUUUGUAAAUCUGCAUAUGCAGACUCCGCCGGUACCUGCGGAGAAAGGUGUCCCACAGUAUAACAAUAGCGUGUCGAAUAGUGUCGCGUCGCAAUCUGCACGUGUACACGUUCAGAAUAUUUUGCCGAAUCCGAGUCAGCAGCAACAAAAUUUGCAACAAUACCUGCACCAGAAACUACCCAGUGGUACAUCUGCAUCUUUUACCGAUUUGUUAAGUAAUAAUGUCUCGCAGAACGCGCAGCCAUCCAUGCCGAAUAAGAAAACGGGGAUCCCCGAGACACAAAUUAGGGAUGGUAUGCCAAAUAAAACACCAUUCGCGAAACCGCAACAAAAUAUACAUCAAGGAACCCCGUGCAUACAUAACACAUGCGUAAAUACGUACGAAUACGUACACAAAGUAUCGCAAAAGUCGUCUGGCAUCUUUCCGAAGACUCCCGUGUCGCAGGAACCAAGUGUCUCGCAGAAUGCGUCUAACACAGCUUCGCAAAAAGGUAAAAGGAAAUUAAUAUUAUCAAAACCUACAUCUGCGUCAUCGCCGCCAAACGAAAUUGUGAACCCUCACUUUGAUCUGAGCUUUCUGACAGAGAUUCAAAAAAUUAUGUUGAAAAAUCAGUUAAAAUUUUAUUUCGAAAAAUAUUCAUUUAAACAGCAAGACUCCCAAAAAUUCUACCUUGAAAGAAAGAUGUUGAAUUUCUUUUAUAAAUCUUUAGAUAAUUAUCUAAUCAAGAUGAUGAUAGGAAAUAAAAUAAAUCAAAAUCGUAUCGAAGAAAAAUUACAAAACGAUGCAUCACGAAAAGCAUCGAAAAUACCAAAUCACCAAUCAAAAAUCAAAUCAUCUUGCAAAAAAACUCAAUCUAAUAAAAUUAAUGAGAAUAAUUCACUCUGCGAUAAAGUGCGAAAAAAACUAUCUCUAAAAGAAAAGACUGAUCCGAAUAUUUCAUUAAGCUCAAAAUCUACGACGGUAGAAAGUAAUUUAUCGAUGGAAGCGCGAAAUAGGGAAUUACGUCUUAAGUCUACGUCAAAAUCCACGAUAAUUGAAGAAUCAUCUCCGGGAACUGUAGAUUUGCAAAAGCAGAAUAUAGAUACACCAAAGAUGCGAUGCAAGAAAAACUUAUCUUUCAUUAUGGGAGAACAAUCUGAAAAUAUAAAAACAUCGUUAAAUUCAGGACAUUCAAACAUUCCGGAAGAAAAUUCGAUCGCGGAAACGUCGUGCAGAAUCUCGGAAACGAAAGCGCAAGACAACGCAAAUAUUAACAAAACUGCAAGAUCUCUGGUAGAAAAAUUGCACGAUAAGCGAUUAACAGAAUUAUAUAUUUCUCUUCUCACACAAGAUACGUCGAAUGUCUUACGAAAUGCAUUAAGCAAUGAAAUAAAAGACUGUUCAAAGAUUGCAAAAGAUGACGCUAAAAAAACUGGUAACAUAGAGACGGAAAAUAUAUCCAAAAUUUCAAAUGUUACAACGUUAAAUAAUAUUAGAGAAAACGAUGCGAUAUCACAAUCCUCGUUUAACACAAGAACGCAAGAUAAUAUAAGAAAUAAGGAAACUGUAAAAUCUCCAACGAAGGAUCUGCAUGACAAGCGACUGUUGGAAUUGUGUUCCUCUUCUGUGCAAAAAAUGUUGAACUUGUUACAAGAUGAUAAAACGAAAGAUGAUAACGUAAACAUUGGAGGAUCUGAUAACACGGACACGGCCAACAUAUGCAAAAUCUCUAACAUAGUUACAAUAUUAAAUAGCAAUGGAGGAAACGAAAAAGUGGCCUCGCAAGUUCCUUGUAACACAAAAACUCGAGAUAAAGAACUGGAUCACAAUGAAGCGUGUAAUCUCAACAAUAAAAUAUCUGGCGAAAAUUCACAUGAUGGAAAACGCGAUAAUGUCAAAGAAAAUAUCAAAACAUCCAGAUCGAUUUUCACCGAAUCACAGUUUGAUACGUCAUGUAUACCACGAACUUCUACACCGUUUAUAUCAGAUACGUCAGAAUUAUUAUUUCCGAUAAACAGAAGCGAAUCCGCAAAAAUAUCGCAAACAGAUACCGCACGUAAAAAAUAUACUUUUGGAACGCUAUCAGAAUUUUUCUCCAACGAGCAACAAGAUGAUUCUACGAACGAACAGAUUAAUAACUUUGAGAGAACGAACGACGAGAGCUUUGAAAGUUCAGGAAAUCUGCACAUCGACGAAAACGCGGAAAAAUCGAAUUCAGAUUUGCAAGAAGAGCAGCGCGAUAAGAUAUCGUCUUUUGGAAAUGAUAAACCGAAUACGUCGCAGGAUUUAUGCCUUGACAAGACGAGGGGCGAACCUAUAAAAAUAACAUUAUUGCCACCAUCUGUAGAAAAUUUUGAAUUAAAAUUAUUAGUAACAGAAGAACAAAACGUUCAGAAAUUUAAUGAGGAAUUAUCAUUAAAACAAAAGGAGAUGCAAGCUCAGGAAACAUCGCCGUCUGAAAUUCCGAAAGAUACAUCAAGUACGAGAGCGGCGAUGGAAUCAAUCGACACCGUGAAGGAACUUGAAGAUAUGAAGAAGAAUCAAGUACAAGUGGAUACUCAUAGCGGCAUUAAAGCAAUUAAUGAACUGCUCAAACACGUGUCCGAGCAUAGGUAUAAUGGAAAAUCGAGAACCUUUUCGUGUAAUCCUACAAUAAAAAGUAAUGCUACAAAUGUAAAUGUAAAUGAGGCCGUUGUCGACAAAAAUGAUAUUUCGAACGCCAAAUUCGUUGCCAGUCCCACGAAAAGCGAAGAUAAUCAUGAGAACUCCAAUAUGAGUAUCCUGAACGUCACGAGCAUAUCGUCGUCGUUAUUUGAGAAAAUAGACAAUUCCGAUGCGCUCUUUUCAGAUGAUGUUGUAUUGUUGGAUGAGAUGAAGGAAAAAUCGUCAUUUGUGAACGACAAUUUGGAAGUUCCUAACUCCGCAUCGUUAAAUGAGAUUAAGGUAGAAGAGUCGUUGGACGUGAACGACAAUUCGGAAAUUCCUGAUUUUGCACCGUUGAAUGAGAUAAAGAUAGAAGAGUUUUUGGACGUGGACGACAAUCUGGAAGUUCCUGAUUCUGCGUCGUUGAAUGAGAUAAAGAAAGAAAAAUUGUCAGAUAUGAACGACAAUCCAGAUGUCUAUAAUUUCGGGUGGUUGAAUGAGAUAAAAGAAGAAAAGUCCUUGAACAUGAACAAUGAUUUUGAAAUCCUUAACUCCACGUCGUUGAAUGAGAUAAAAGAAGGGAAGUCGUCGGACGUGGAUGACAAUGUGGAAGUCCAUAAUUUCGUGUGGUUGAAUGAGAUAAAAGAAGAAAAGUCCUUGAACAAUGAUCCUGAAAUCCUUAUCUCCGCGUCGUUGAAUGAGAUAAAGGGAGGGGAGUUGUCGGACGUAAACGACAAUUUGGAAGGCCAUAAUUUUGUGUGGUUGAAUGAAAUGAAAGAAGAAAAGUCUUUGAACAUGAACAAUGAUCCUGAAAUCCUUAACUCCGCGUCGUUGAAUGAGAUAAAGGAAGGAAUGUCAUCGGACGUGGACAACAAUCUGGAAGUCCAUAAUCUCGCAUGGUUGAAUGAAAUGAAAGAAGAAAAGUCCUUGAACGUAAACAAUAAGCCGGAAGUCCUAAAUUCUUUGUCGUUGAAUGAAAUAAAGGAAGGAAUGUCAUCAGACGUGAACGACAAUUUGCAAGUCCCAGAUGAGAUGGAAAACAGGCCGUGUUUACGUUGCAAACGCAAGAGCAUAGUAUAUUGUCAAGCCUGUUUGGAGGCUCCUUACUGCUCCAAGCGUUGCUCGGAUUUGCAUUGGAAAGCAAUUCAUUACAAACAGUGUAAGAAUCUUUACAAACCAAUCAUUUGUAUCGAUUUAUAAUUUUCCAAGAUUCUUGCCUGUGCUCGUUUUGAAUACGGAGUUCUUUUGGAAUCUUGGACUCUUUUCCUAAUAUACCAAAUAUAUAAACGAUAUCUGUUUGAGCUUAACUAAUCAAUAUUUAUUAUCACUUAUGUUUAAAAAAUAUAAUAACUGUUUGACAAAAUUAUUUUUAUAAUAAAAAUUUUCUUUAAGUUAUGCGCGAUACAUAGAAUGAUUUAUACGAGAAGUAUCUUCCUUUGGUACAAGAUCGACGAUGAAAAAAUAUAACACAUGUGAAAAUGUUAAAAGAUGUAACGAGAAAAAUGCUUAACUUUCUAUAUAUUUUUUUUUCCCGUGAAUGCAAUUUCUUUUAUGCGUGCACGUACAUAAGAGACAGGAAAGGGGAGAGAGAGAAAGAGAAAAAUAUGCAAUUCAAAAUUUUUUUAAAAAUUCUUGUUUCUCAUUCAGUGCUUAAAAAUAUUAAAAUAAGAAUGAAUUUUGGCAGAACUUUGAAGUUUCCUAAGCACAUAUUUGGAGACAGAGUUUUUGCUAUAUUGAAAUUUUAUAAUUUAAUUUUUUUUUAGGGAUUUUCUGCAAUUUCCUGCAAAAUGACGAGAGAAAUCGAUUUAUACGAUAA